UCGCAGUCGUAGAACUCAAGAAGAAGAGGCAUGGAGAAACCACCGAAGCUUCACGCAGAGAUCGAAAUCAAAUCACCUCCACCGCCGCCAUUCCCUCUCGAUUUCCCUGACAAUGCAGACGACCAGAAGACUCCCUUCUUCAAGUCGCGAUCCAGGCGAAGGAGAAGCGACACCUGGGCCAUUUCCGUCUUCGUAAUCCUCCACAUUGGCGCCUUCUUGGCUACCAUGAUCGUCAACGACUGCUGGAGAAAUUCCCAUGGAGAUUGUGCCCUCGAAUCGCUCGGCAGGUUCUCCUUCCAGCCCCUCACUGAGAACCCCUUUCUUGGCCCCUCCGCUUCUGCGCUGGAUAAAAUGGGGGCUCUUCAACAGUCAUUUUUGGCAGGUCACCAAGAUUGGCGUCUUCUCACAUGUCCAUGCUUGCAUGCCGGGGCAUUCCACAUAAUCAUCAAUCUGAGCAGCGUCAUCUUUCUUGGAAGUUACCUAGAGCAAGAGUUUGGCCCAUUGAGGACUGGUAUAAUCUAUGUACUCUCUGCUUUCUUCGGUAGUUUGAUUGCUGCACUUUUUGUUCGAAAUAGUCCAGUGGUUUGUUCUUCUGGUGCCCUUUUUGGAUUAGUUGGAGCUACACUUUCUGCCCUUAUUCGGAAUUGGAAAUUUUACACUGCUAAGUAUGUUGCCCUGGCGAUACUUUGUGCUCUCUCUGCAAUCAAUUUUGGCAUUGGUUUGUUGCCCUAUGUGGACAAUUUUGCAAAUAUAGGAGGUUUUUUAUCCGGAGUUCUAUUAGGAUUUGUGCUUUUGUUCAACCCUCAGAUUAGGGAAGUGGCUCUAAACAAAGGUGGCUUUUAUGAUUACGGUGUUAAAAGCUCCACGAAGUUAAAGGAAAAACUGGAUAGGCCUGUGAUGAGGAGUGUCUCUCUUCUUCUCUUUACGCUUGUAGUAGCUGGAACUCUUGUGGCAGUAUUGCAAGGUCUGAAUGUCAACCACUAUUGCAGGUGGUGUCGCUACAUUGAUUGCAUUCCUUCUGCAAGGUGGAGCUGUAACAGUAUGACAACUUCGUGCGAGACUAUGGUCAGUGAUGCACAGUUAACUUUGACAUGUACACGUAAUGGCAACUUCAGGAUUUUUCCUUUUACCAACAUUUCAGAAGCAAGAACAAGGGACAUUUGCACCAUGAUAUGCUCAUAGACCCUCGAGUUCGGCUUUUCGUUCCUGCCUCAGAGAAAUGUAUACUCGUACAGCAGGAUUGUUCUGAUGAAUUUUCCUGAAAUGAAAGUUACCCUAUUGAUUUACUUUCAAUGGCAAAACAGAGGCUCUUCAGUGGGAGUUCGAUAAUGAGUGGUUCGGGAACUUCUCUCUGAAGUUCACCGAUCCCUUUUAGGAGUACUAAAAGCAGGAAACUAUAUACUGGGAAUUCGAACCACACACUGCUGAUCAUUCCUUCCCGCAAAGAGCAUAACUCAUACUUUUACAAGAACAAUGUGAUGAUACAAUGAAUGUAGAUUUGCAUUCUAGUUGAAUGAUGAAAUGACAGUGGCAUUCCUCUCCUUGCUUUCAUGAAUACUGUGGACCUGCCCAAGCAAAAGCUGAUAUGACUAAACUUACUAAGUGAGCAAUAGAGCUAAACCAAUAUAUUUGAGUUGGAGAAUUGACAAUUCAGAACAGACCUAAAUAAUUUGGUC